CAGUGCGUUCUUUUUUUCUUUAUUAGAUACAUAGAAUCCCUCUUCCCUUCCCCUCUCUUCUCUUCCCUUCUCUUCUUCCCCUCGUCUCUCUCAAUUCUCUCGCUCUCAGAUUAUCUCUGAAUUCGAUCCCUACCACCGAUCCGUCGGUGCCAAAUUCAUCUCAAUGACUCUUCUCACCCCUCCCCCAAUCGAUCCGGCGGUUCCUGAAGAGAUGCUUGUCACUCAUGAAGAUUGCCCGCCAGAAGGUCCUCAGCCAAUGGAAGUGAGUCCCGUGGAAGCAACAAAUGCAGCGGAUGGCCAAACAAUCGACGAAUCACCGUCUGCACGGUUUACUUGGAAUAUUGAAAAUUUUUCUAAACUAAGCACAAAGAAACUGUACUCCGAGGAAUUUGUUGUUGGAGGAUACAAAUGGCGAGUGCUUAUAUUUCCAAAAGGAAACAACGUAGACCACUUGUCAUUGUACUUGGAUGUUGCAGACUCUGCAACUUUGCCAUAUGGCUGGAGUAGAUAUGCACAGUUUAGUUUGUCAGUGAUCAAUCAAAUUCACAACAAAUUCACUAUAAGGAAAGACACACAACACCAGUUCAAUUCUAGGGAAAGUGAUUGGGGAUUCACUUCAUUCAUGCCUCUUUGUGAAUUAUAUGACCCUGGUCGAGGUUACCUUGUGAAUGAUGUGGUAAUUGUUGAGGCUGAUGUUGCUGUUCGUAAAGUUGUUGAUUACUGGUCUCAUGACUCCAAAAAGGAGACAGGGUAUGUGGGGCUUAAGAAUCAGGGUGCGACUUGUUAUAUGAAUUCUCUUCUACAGACCCUAUACCAUAUUCCUUAUUUCAGGAAGAGUGUAUACCACAUGCCAACCACAGAAAAUGAUAAUCCAUCUGGAAGCAUCCCUUUGGCGUUGCAGAGUUUAUUCUAUAAGCUGCAAUACAGUGAUACUAGUGUAUCAACAAAGGAAUUGACAAAGUCUUUUGGGUGGGACACAUAUGAUUCUUUUCUGCAGCAUGAUGUCCAGGAGCUGAACAGGGUUCUCUGUGAAAAACUUGAAGACAAGAUGAAAGGGACAGUGGUGGAAGGUACGAUACAGCAGCUGUUUGAGGGUCAUCACAUGAAUUAUAUAGAAUGUAUUAAUGUGGACUACAAAUCUACAAGAAAGGAAUCAUUCUAUGAUCUGCAGCUUGAUGUCAAAGGCUGUAAAGAUAUCUAUGCCUCUUUUGACAAAUAUGUUGAAGUGGAACGUCUUGAGGGCGACAAUAAAUAUCAUGCGGAACAAUAUGGAUUGCAGGAUGCCAAGAAGGGUGUUCUUUUCAUUGACUUUCCACCUGUCCUUCAGCUUCAGUUAAAAAGAUUUGAAUAUGAUUUCGUUCGUGAUACAAUGGUCAAGAUAAAUGAUAGAUACGAGUUUCCCUUGCAACUUGAUCUUGAUAGAGAGAGUGGCAAGUAUCUAUCUCCACAGGCAGAUCGGAGUGUCCGCAACUUAUACACUCUUCAUAGUGUUCUGGUUCACAGCGGUGGUGUACAUGGAGGUCAUUAUUAUGCUUAUAUCCGGCCAACUCUCUCUGAUCAUUGGUUCAAAUUUGAUGAUGAAAGGGUAACUAAGGAAGACAUGAAGAGGGCAUUGGAAGAACAAUAUGGUGGUGAAGAAGAGCUACCACAGACAAACCCUGGAUUCAAUAAUUCACCAUUCAAAUUUACAAAAUAUUCAAAUGCAUACAUGCUUGUCUACAUACGGGAAUGUGACAAGGAGAAAGUUAUUUGCAAUGUGGAUGAGAAGGAUAUCGCUGAACAUCUAAGGGUAAGGUUGAAAAAAGAGCAGGAAGAAAAAGAGCAAAAAAGGAAGGAAAAAGCUGAGGCACACCUCUAUACCAUUAUUAAGGUUGCCCGUGAGGAAGAUCUCUUUGAUCAGAUUGGAAAGAAUAUAUACUUUGAUCUUGUGGAUCAUGAAAAAGUUCGACAUUUUCGAAUUCAGAAACAGUUGCCGUUUAGUUCUUUUAAGGAAGAAGUUGCCAAGGAGUUUGGCAUACCAGUGCAAUUUCAACGUUUCUGGCUGUGGGCUAAGCGUCAAAAUCAUACAUAUCGUCCAAAUCGACCACUUAUACGCGCAGAUGAAGAUCAUUCUGUUGGUCAGUUAAGAGAAAUUUCCAAUAAAGCAAAUAACGCGGAGCUCAAAUUGUUUCUGGAAGUAGCAUUUGGCUUGGACAAGCAGCCAAUUUCUCUUCCAGAGAAGUCAAAGGAGGAUAUUCUUUUGUUUUUCAAACUUUAUGAUCCAAUCAAAGAGGAACUGCGGUAUGUUGGGAAGUUAUUUGUUAAAGGCAAUGGCAAACCAAUGGAGAUACUGAGAAGGUUGAAUGAAAUGGCAGGUUUUGAACCAGAUGAAGAAAUUGAACUCUUUGAGGUCCACCCCCUUCUUUUCCAGCUUUGCCUCAUUUGUGUGAUCAUUUAUAAUAAUGAAUUUGUGCUAGCCAUACAAUUUCUAAUUCUUUUGCAGGAAAUUAAGUUCGAGCCAAAUGUUAUGUGCGAGCACAUUGACAAGAAGCUUAGCUUUCGCAACAGUCAGUUGGAAGAUGGAGAUAUCAUCUGUUUCCAAAAAUCUCCUUAUGGGAGAAGUGAAGCCUGUCGUUAUCCCACCGUCCCUUCAUUUUUAGAUUAUGUACAUAAUCGUCAGGUGGUUCGAUUUCGAUCAUUGGAGAAACCCAAGGAGGAUGAAUUUUCUCUGGAAUUGUCAAAGCAAAACAACUAUGAUGAAGUUGUUGGAAGUGUUGCCCGAUAUCUUUCUGUGGAUGACCCAUCUAGAAUAAGGCUUACAUCCCAUAACUGCUACUCACAGCAACCAAAGCCACAACCUAUUAAGUACCGUGGUGCAGAACGUCUUACAGAUAUGCUUGUUCACUAUAACCAGAUUUCCGAUAUACUGUACUAUGAAGUGUUGGACAUUCCUUUACCUGAACUGCAAGGCCUUAAAACUCUAAAAGUUGCUUUCCAUCAUGCCACCAAGGAUGAAGUUGUUAUUCAUACUAUUAGGUUACCAAAGCAGAGUAAUGUGGGUGAUGUUAUUAAUGAUCUUAAGACCAAGGUUGAGUUGUCUCAUCCAGAUGCAGAAUUGAGGUUGCUUGAGGUCUUCUAUAAUAAGAUAUAUAAGAUUUUUCCUCUGCAAGACAAGAUUGAGAACAUAAAUGAUCAAUAUUGGACAUUGCGUGCAGAGGAGAUUCCUGAAGAGGAGAAAAAUUUGGGUCCCCAAGAUCGGUUAAUUCACGUUUACCAUUUCCUGAAAGACAGUACUCAAAGUCAGGUGACAAAUUUUGGGGAUCCCUUUUUCUUGGUCAUUCACGAGGGAGAGAUAUUGGCUGAUGUUAAAAAGCGCAUUCAAAAGAAAUUACGCAUUCCUGAUGAGGAGUACUCAAAGUGGAAGUUUGCAUUUGUGUCUUUGGGUAGACCUGAAUACCUUCAAGAUUCAGACAUUGUAUCCGCUCGUUUUCAGAGAAGAGAUGUUUAUGGUGCCUGGGAACAGUAUCUUGGACUUGAGCAUGCUGACAAUGCACCAAAAAGGUCAUAUGCUGCGAACCAGAAUCGGCACACAUUUGAGAAGCCUGUUAGAAUCUACAAUUAGUACAUAUUCGAGAGAAACCAAGCAGCCAACCAUGUCCUUUAAGUGCAACCUUCAACAGCGUAGUUUUGUGAAAACAGCAGAGCAGCAGUAAUCAAAAUCUGUAGCAAUAAAUAGAGCUGGGCCCUAAUUUGAUGCAUCGUAUGUCAUGUCAGAGGGAGGGAGGGAUUUAAAUGGUUUAUGUAUCCUUUUGCCUGUCCAUAGUUCUGAAUCGAAAAGAGGAGGGAGCUUCUCUAGUCCGCCAUCCAUGAAUCCAUCCUUGUGUACUCAUGACUGGAUUGGAUUGGAUUGGAUUGGAUUGUGGAUCGGAUCGAAUUAGAGUUAUGAUUUAUACUGCAAAUAGAGAUUUGUACAGAUGUUAUGGUUCUACCUUAUUCUCAUCCUGUUUUAUGGUUGUAUUGCUGCAUCAGAACUAGGGGAACACUGGUUGGAGCAACUAUAUAGAAGUUAUCUAUUGCUGUCA